AUGUCGGAAGACAAGAAAAACUUCGUGUACUCGCAGGAGGAAAGAGGCUACCAGGGAGAUGGAACCCACUCUUACGAUACGUCUGCAGAGUCCAACAAGGGCGGUGUGGCCGGUGACACGCCGUCCAAGUCGGUCUCCGCAUGGCAAGACUUCAAAGACAGCUUCAAACAGGUCAAAAUGGAAGAUCUCGACCCAAACCUCACAGCAGCAGAAAGAACCGCCAUUGCAACGGCCAAAUCGCCGCUGCAACGCCAUCUCAAAAACAGACACUUGCAAAUGAUCGCCAUCGGUGGUGCUAUCGGUACCGGGCUGUUUGUCGGGUCCGGAAAAGCUCUCAGAACUGCUGGUCCAGCAGGAAUCUUGAUCGGCUGGGGUCUCACCGGUACCAUGAUCUACUGUAUGGUCAUGUCAGCCGGUGAACUGGCUGUGGCAUACCCGGUUUCUGGUGGUUUCACAACGUUUGCAACGCGUUUCGUGGACGAAUCGUUCGGUUUCGCCGUCAACUACAACUAUAUGCUCCAGUGGCUCGUGGUGCUGCCACUAGAAAUCGUCGCCGCGUCCAUCACUGUCAACUUCUGGGGCACACCGCCCAAAUACCGUGACGGAUUCGUCGCUCUGUUCUACCUGGUCAUCGUGCUCAUCAAUAUGUUUGGUGUCAAGGGCUACGGUGAAGCCGAGUUUAUCUUUUCGUUCAUCAAAGUGGUCACUGUGAUUGGGUUUAUCAUCCUGGGUGUCAUCCUGGUGUGUGGUGGUGGGCCUCACGGUCACUACAUUGGAGGCUCCACAUGGCAAAACCCAGGCGCCUUGAUUGGUGACACUGCUGGAAAACGGUUUAAAGGUGUAUGCACAGUGUUUGUAACCGCCGCUUUCUCCUUUGCCGGCUCGGAACUGGUCGGUUUGGCCUCUGCCGAAACCGAAAACCCUAGAAAGUCUCUACCUAGUGCAUCCAAACAGGUUUUCUGGAGAAUCACGCUUUUUUACAUCAUCUCGCUGUGCUUGAUCGGUCUGCUUGUUCCUUACAACGACGAUAGACUAAUUGGCGCUUCAUCCGUGGACGCCACCGCUUCUCCCUUUGUGAUUGCUAUCAAGAGCCAUGGAAUCAGCGGUCUUCCAAGCGUUAUCAACGUGGUCAUCCUAAUUUCCGUGCUUUCCGUUGGUAACUCUGCCGUUUUCGCUUGCUCCAGAUCUAUUACCGCUUUGGCCGAGCAGGGCUCGCUACCAAAGGUUUUUGGAUACAUCGACAGAAAGGGUCGUCCACUAGUCGGCAUUGCCGUUACCUGUACCUUUGGUCUACUGUGCUUCAUCGCACAAUCCGACAAAGAAGGCGACGUUUUCAACUGGUUGCUAGCGCUUUCCGGGCUGUCAUCUCUGUUCUCCUGGUUUGGUAUCUGUCUGUGCCACCUGCGUUUUAGGAGAGCGCUUGCUGCGCAAGGUCGUUCCACCGAUGAGUUGGCCUUCCAGUCCACAGUGGGCGUAUGGGGGUCCGCUUACGGUGCGGGCUUAAUUCUCCUGGUACUUAUUGCGCAGUUCUGGGUUGCAGUGUGGCCACCAGGAGGCUCUCCAAGUGCCGAGAACUUUUUCGAGGCUUACUUGUCGUUCCCAGUUCUUUUGACCUUCUACUUCGGUCACAAGAUAUGGAAACGUAACUGGAAACUAUUUAUCAGAGCCAAGGAUGUCGAUAUCGACACCGGCAGAAGAGUCGUUGACAUCGACACCCUGAGACAGGAAAUUGCCGAAGAGCGGGCCAUCUUGAGCACCAAGCCCUACUGGUACCGUGCAUGGAAGUUCUGGUGUUGA